UGUGUGUGUGUGUGUGUGUGUGUGUGUGUGUGUGUGUGUGUGUGUGUGUGUGUGUGUGUGUGUGUGUGUGUGUGUGUGUGUGUGUGUUAAACUGCCUGAAGCGGGUCAGUGCUGUCUCGUGCGUUUUGGGGCCGUUUCCACGGUGCGUAAAAUGCGCUUUUUUCACGUUGACACGCGCCGCUCCUUUCACGCCUCCUCAGAGAGAGAUUCACUCUAGUAACAGGAUCCGGAUCUAUUUUUACCAUCCAAGUAAAUAAACAAGCCGAAGAUGGACUCUCACUCCAACAGCACGGAUUGUAGUGGCGGUAACGGGACGGACAUCUCCGGUAACUGCACCGACGGCUUCAAUCAGUUCAUCCAGCCGGUGUGGCAGAUCACUCUCUGGGCUGCUGCUUACUGCGGGAUCGUGGCGGUGUCUGUAGUCGGGAACGUGGUGGUGAUUUGGAUCAUUCUGGCUCACAAACGAAUGCGGACCGUCACCAACUACUUUCUGGUGAACUUGGCUUUUGCCGAAGCCGCCAUGUCAGCAUUUAACACAGUCAUCAACUUUGUCUACUCUGUUCACAAUGAGUGGUACUUUGGUUUGGUUUACUGCCGAUUCCACAACUUCUUCCCAAUCACAGCCAUAUUUGCCAGUAUCUACUCCAUGACAGCUAUAGCUCUGGACAGGUACAUGGCUAUCAUGCACCCCCUGCAGCAGAGGCUGUCCUCCACAGAGACUCGCAUAGUGAUCGGAGUCAUCUGGAUCCUGGCUCUGCUUCUAGCCUUCCCUCAGUACCACUACUCAUCAACAGCCGUGCUGCCUGGACGCACGGUCUGCUUCAUAGACUGGCCAGAGUACACCACCAUAGACUUUAAACAGAUUUACUACGUGUGUGUGACCCUGCUGAUUUACUUCCUGCCCCUGUGCAUCAUGGGAUGGGCAUACAUGACUGUGGGCUUCUUCCUCUGGUCAAGUGAAAUUCCCGGGGAUUCGUCCGAACGCUACAAAGAACAGCUCAUCGCCAAACGCAAGGUGGUGAAGAUGAUGAUCGUGGUGGUGUGCACAUUUGCUGUCUGCUGGCUGCCCUAUCACAUCUACUUCUUGCUGCACCAGUUCUUCCCUGAACUGUUCGAGCAGCACUACAUUCAACAGGUCUACCUGGCCAUUAUGUGGCUGGCCAUGAGCUCCACCAUGUACAACCCCAUCAUCUACUACUGCCUCAACAGCAGGUUCAGAGCAGGUUUCCAGCAGGUGUUUUGCUGCUGUCCUCCCACUGUCACCAAAGAGGAGCUGGAGCUCAAAUCACCGCGUUACCUGCAAACCCAGGUGAGCAUAUACCGAGCUAGCCGGAUGGAGAAAGUUGUUUCCACCGCUGUUGAUCCUGCAGCAGCAGAGCAAAAGACUGCAGCUAUAGCAACCUGUGAGGCUCACAGUCAUUCUCAUGUGGAGGUCACAUCCAAUGGCUCACUCCCCGAAACCCUUCCACAAAGCUCCCACAUUUCUUCAUUGUCGAACGAUCACCUUUAGAAGGGAUGUUGUGGAGUGAGGAAACAAAGCACAGGUAUGUGACUACCGCUGAUGUUGUCCCACAUCUCUGUUGUAGAGGAAUUGUGUUACAAAGCCAAGAUAUUUUGGUCCAACCAAACGACCAGUUGUUUUAACUAACAAGCUGCCUGGAUCAUUGUGGGAUGAUGUGAACAUGUCUUCGAAAUAUUUGUCUCAUCAUUCAUCACAUGUGCAGCCUUGACAAUGUACCCCACUUGUUCCUGAGAGUGAGCAAAGUGGGACCUCUCUUCCCUUGGCAACAGUUCGUUUAAUGACAGUGUUUGUGUUGCGUGGGAAAAUGGUUUAUAGACUGUGUGCUGGUGGAGACAGCACCUGUUGGAUUGCAUUACCAGCCUGUUUUGACAAUGUUCUUUUUGGAGCAGCCAUGUCACAGGUCAGCUAAAUAUAGAUGUUAGAAUAAAGGGAAAGAAGACAUGUGUAGCACCAGUGGGACUGUGAUGAAGGAAUAAAGGGUACAGUGGGAGCCAGUCAACGCCACAAUCCAUGGGACAUGGCUCAUCACUGCAGCCUUAUGGUGCUUCUUCAACCUGGCAAGUGUCAGGUGAAUAAAAGCAAAGAUUGUCAGCAUUCAGCUAACGUGUUUGUUGUGUGUGUUUUAGAGCUUAUAAAGGAAUUAAAUCAAAUGGUUCAUGUUGUGAUAAUUAGAUAGGAAUGUGUGUGAGUGUUACUGUGUGGUUGUUUUGUGUGUUAGUCAUGCAAUGGGCUGCUGUCCUGUUCAAGCUGUACCUACUCUUGUUUAGCCUCUAGCUGUGCCAUGAUCCUGAGCAGAAUAAAACAAAACUAUUGUCUUUAAAACCAAAAA